GGGUCACUCAUGUAUUGGAUUAGCAAACCCUGUCUCAAAAAAUAAACAUGGGCUGGGGAUACAGCUCAGUGAGAGGGGACGGGGUUCCAUCAACAGCACUCAGAAAAAAGGAUCAUGGCGCGCGUGGUCUUUUGCUUGUAGAUGUCACACCACAGGCGGGCGCCCAGGCCACCCCGACCCGAUGACACCCACCUGGCUGGACCCUCUAUACCAAAUCCCCGUCCUGUGGGAAUCCCGGGGCUCCACCCCUCCGAGCAGCUGGGUGUGUCUCCUUGCGUCCCCAGUUCCAGUCGCGUGUUGGGGCGCCCUGCCCUGUACCCCGGAGGAGGAAGAACAGAGGGCGGUGGGGAGCGGCGGGGCGGUGUCCGGCGCUCUUCUGCGGCGGAGGGCGAGGGCGGUGACCCGGCCACUCCGUCCUGCCCCCCGUCCCGUUUGUCCGCAGCGGGCGUGGGCGCGGGGGGCUCCGCCCCGUGGCUGCGCGCGCACCUGCUCCCGGCCCCCGCGACCCCAACGCGCGGUGAAAUUAAGGCCCCGAGCUGCUCAACGGCAGGAUUUCAACCUUCCCUCUGCUUCGUCCUCCUCUGCACAAAGCCCUCCGGAAGCUCCGCCCUCAGAGCUGCAGGGACGGCCUCCGCAGCAGCGGCCCCAGCCUCUAGCAAACCCGGCGGCCGGCAGAGGCGUGUGCAGACGCGGGUCGAGCCCGCCGGUGAGGCUUUCCGACGGCUGCGGCUGCCCCCUCGGGCACCGGGCCCCAGGCUUGCCGCUCUGCGGGCUCGAGCCGGGGCGCGGCACGUUUGAGCCUGUCAGUCCGCACUGGCACCCGGGCCGCAGGAAUUCGUCUAAAUUCCACCCUGAGCACCUACACUGGACGCGGGCAAGGACGUGGCCGAGCCGCCCUGGGCGGCAGCGACAGAGGCCCUGAGCCCGCAGCGAGGCUCCCACGCAGCCGCCUGGUGCCCGCUCCCGGGGCAGCUCUGUGGGGCCCAGUCUGAGUCCUCUGGGCUCCCCUGGCCUGCGGUUAGUGACUGACAAGCAGCUCUCUUGGCCCCAGGGUAGUUACUCUGAAGCUGCUGCAGCACAAAGACCAAAGGGGAAAUAAAUGUUUCGUGGUCUGGACCAGCGAGGGAGGGAAGGAAAUAAAUAGCGGCAUCCUCAAUUUAAGUGCAGGCUUCCCACCCACGGCCGGCGAGUCCUGCCCUCGGCUUCUGGCUCUCUUCACCCCGCUGGGGUGAAACUGCAGCCCCCAGGCUCCAGCCUGAGCUGCGGGAGGCCGGGCCUGCGCUGCCACGGUCCCAGAGAGGGUCUGCCAGCCUCCUGAGCAGAGCUGGGAGCUCUCCGAGGGAGUCAGGGCCUUCUCUGUGGGUGAGGAACAGGCAGCCCUGGGGUGUCCAGGCAGGAGGGCGCCCAGCCCCUCUACUGAAGCCCAAAGCUGGUUAUUAGCCCACUGCCCUGGGGACCAACGACCGGCAUAGCCCCUUCACACACCGCACAGACGUUUCCUAGGAGGAAAUCACAGGGACAAAAAUGACCACUUUCA